AUGGUUAUGACGACGAAAUCUAAUGGCGAAUCGAUUAUUUCUUCUUUCCUUUUCGGGAACAAAUUUUCAUUUUUUCUUUCAUUCUUUCUCGAAGUGAAAAUUUCUUCCUUCUUUUCCUUUUUUAAGAAGUGGUUCUUUCUUUCUUUCUUUCUUUCGCGAAGUUCAAUUUCUUCAACCUUUCCUUUUCUUAGAAGUGGUUCUUUCUUUCUUUUCCUCUUUUUUUUCUUUCUAUCUGUCACGUAUGUUUUUUCUUUCUUUCUUUCUUUUUUCUUUCUUUCUCGAAGUGAAAAUUUUUUCCUUUCAUUUCUUUUCGCAGAAAUGGCUCUUUCUUUUGAUUAUCUCUCUUUCUUUCUAUCUUUCUUCCUUCCUUUCUUUCUUUAUUUUUUCUUUCUUUCUUUCUUUUUUCUUUCUUUCUUUCUCGAAAAAUUGCUCUUUCUUUUAAUUAUCUCUCUUUCUUUCUCUCUUUCUUUCUUUCUUCCUUCCUUCCUUCCUUCCUUCCUCUCUUCCUUCUUUCCUUCCUUCCUCCCUUCCUUCCUUCCUUCCUUCCUUUCUUUCUUUCUUUCUUUCUUUCUCGGACUGAUCAUUUCUUCCUUCCAUUUCUUUUCACUUCACUUUUUUGUCUUCUUUUCUUUUCUUAUCUAUCUAUCUAUCUAUCUAUCUAUCUAUCUAUCUAUCUAUCUAUCUAUCUCAUAUUACUCAUAUCUUCUUCAAUCUGUUCUUUCUUUAUUUAUUAAUUUCAUUUAUUCCUUCUUUUUUCCUUCUUAUUUUAUUCAUAUCUAUCUAUCUAUCUAUCUAUCUAUCUAUCUAUCUAUCUAUCUAUCUAUCUCAGCCUCUUUAUCUAUCUAUCUAUCUCAGCCUCUUUAUCUAUCUAUCUAUCUAUCUAUCUAUCUCAGCCUCUUUAUCUAUCUAUCUAUCUAUCUAUCUAUCUAUCUAUCUCAUAUUACUCAUAUCUUCUUCAAUCUGUUCUUUCUUUAUUUAUUAAUUUCAUUUAUUCCUUCUUUUUCCUUCUUAUUUUAUUCAUAUCUAUCUAUCUAUCUAUCUAUCUAUCUAUCUAUCUAUCUAUCUAUCUAUCUAUCUAUCUAUCUCAGCCUCUUUAUCUAUCUAUCUAUCUCAGCCUCUUUAUCUAUCUAUCUAUCUAUCUAUCUAUCUAUCUAUCUAUCUAUCUAUCUCAGCCUCUUUAUCUAUCUAUCUAUCUAUCUAUCUAUCUAUCUCAGCCUCUUUAUCUAUCUAUCUAUCUAUCUAUCUAUCUAUCUAUCUAUCUAUCUUAUAUGGAUCAUUCAUUUCAUUAUCUUCUCUCUUCUCUCCAUUUCCUUAUUUGUUUCAUUUUUAUAUCUAUCUUUUUCUUCUUUCGUUAUAACUUUCUUUUUUAUGUUAUCUAUUCUGUUCUUUUCAUUUUAUUUCCUUCAUUUUCCAUUCCCUCUUUCGUUCGUUUCUGCCUUCCUUCCGUCCUUCCUUCCUUUCUUUCUUUAUUUCUUUCUACCUUGUUCCUUCCUUUUCUCCUUCCAUCCCUCCAUCCUUCCUCCUUCUUUCUUCCCUCCUUCCUUCCUUCCCUCCUUCCUUUUCUUUUUCUAA